GGAGCAACGAGAGAGAGAGAGAGAGAGAGCAGCAGCAGCCUCCUAGGGCCGCGGGCGUCCCUUCCGCCUUCCUCCGCGUCCUGCUGCACCGCCGCCGGGCCGCUGAAUCCGAGGUCGUCGAUCCGGCCAUGGCGGCGCUGAUGAUCGGUUCCUCCUCCAAGCCUGUGCUCCUCCUCCCCGCGCUGGCCUUCGUCCUUGCAUUCGUCGCCAUCCCUGCGCUCACGACGCCGGCGCAGGGGCUGGUGUUCCACGUCGGUGGCCCGCGCGGGUGGCGCGUCCCGGAUGCCAACACCAGCUAUGGCUGGUGGGCCAUGAACAACCGCUUCCACGUCGGCGACGAGCUCUACUUCAAGUACGAGAACGACUCGGUGCUCCUCGUCUCCCGCGAGGAGUUCGACGCCUGCAACGCCACGGACCCCCUGUCAAGGUUCGCCGACGGCAGCACCACGGUGCGUCUCGAUAGGCCGGGCUUCUUCUGCUUCAUCAGCGGUGAGCCGGGGCAUUGCGAGGAGGGCCAGAGGCUCAUCGUGCGCGUCAUGGUGCACCCGGCCGAGCCUGCGCCCGCGCCUGCUCCGGCCGCCUAUGCGCCAGGCCAAGGCGGAGACGGCUCUGGGUCUGGCGGCGGGCACGGUGGGUCUUCACCGGGCACGUCCUCUGGUGCCGCUGCGGUUGCUGCCGGCGGCGUCGCUCUCGCUGCAGCGAUGGCCGCUCUUUGUGUCGGUCUCGUCUUGCUGCUUCAGUGAUCAGUUUGCUCUUCUAGUAGUUAGUCAGGUUUUAUUAUUGAGGUUUAAUCAAUUCCUUCUCUAUUAGAGUUCAUCCGGUGCUACUAGUCAUUCGUGAUAUGCUAGUACUUAUUAUCAUAAUUAGUUUGGUUAUCCUGUGUAAUGACAAUAUUGUUUGGCUUUCUUCGAUCCCUAUGACUGUAUUUGGAUUAUAUCUACUACUACUAGUAAUCCUUGAAUCUUAUGCUACUGC